CUCAUUAGUCACUCAUAAUUAAUACAUUUCUUCUCUCUAUAGAAAACAUCUCUACAAUUAGAAAUGGCUAUUUCUAAACCUCUUAUUGCUUCUCUACUUCUCUCUCUUCUUGUUCUUCAGUUUGCUUAUUCCGUGGAAUCAGAGAUUAGCUCUACUGGAGUGAGUAGCAACAUUGGGAAGGUCUCUGCCGGUAAAGUGGAUUGCGGGGCAGCAUGUGGAGUGAGGUGCAGCGCGACAAAGAGGCCAAAUCUAUGCAAAAGGGCGUGCGGCAGUUGCUGUAGCAGGUGCAACUGCGUGCCACCGGGCACUUCCGGCAACUAUGAAGCCUGUCCUUGCUACGCCGGCUUGACCACCCACGGCAAGAAGCCCAAGUGCCCUUAAGAAUUGCUUAUUCCCCUAGCCUGUUCUAUAAAUCUAUGCUACAUUGCUACUAGUAAACAAUUUUUAUGCAUGGUCCAAUUUUAUGUAGCCAGUCUGCCAGUGGUAUAUUGAUACCUCUAUUUGGCUUCAAUGAUAUAUGAAAUGUGUUAUGUUACAUACUACUGAGGUCUGAGAGUUUAUGUCUAUUGUAGUACUAUUUUGUGUGAUAGUGCCAAUAGUGGGAGUAGUGUUUUGUAUCCUUAUAUUUUCUAUGCCUAUUUAUAUUGAGGAUUCCCUACUUUGUAAUAACCAUUAUAUUGAAAUCUCGUAUUGAAUAAAUUCUUUGAAACUA